GGCCCGGCUCGGGCAGCAGACUGGGCAUGCUCGGCAGCCCGGGAGGCUCACCGUGGCAAGUCGGAAGCGUUCGCACCAGCUAGGCAGCGGCCGGGGCAGAGGCGGCGGCAGGCAGGACGGGAGCGGGAAGGGCUGGCCAGGGAAGGCUCCUCUACUCCUGCCCCUGCAGAGAGCGCGAUCCGGGUGCUGAGCCCCAACGCUGCCCUGCCCCGGAUUUCAUUUCGCGGUAGGGGGCUCGGCGAGCGGAAUUCCGGCGGCUGUCGCGACUCCGGUGCAAGCAGAACUUCGGGGACUGAAGGAGGGGUGGAUUCUCUGAAUCUGAAGAACAGUGAAGUAGGAGAUGCAGAGAAUAUGUAACGUAUUGCAAGGAAGACUGAUGAAGAAAGAUAACGUGAUUCAGGUGCACCAUUGAGUUCCUUGGGAUGCACAAAAGCGACUGGUUGGAAAGCUCAUGAAAUCAAAGACAAGACCCUGCCUCAGGGAGCGCACAUGAGAAUAAUUUCAAAGGAACCCAGGGAUAAAUGCAAAACAGUAGCUGUUGGAGGUAAUGGAAAUGUACUGGAGCAAUGGAAGAAGCCGGUAACUUCUAGGAAGCCAAGAUGACUAGAAUUUUAAAAAAUAAUCACAGAAGGAUCAUGUAAACAUCUUUCAAGAGUUAAGAUCGCAUGUGUCCAUAUUAUGAAGCCUUCCUUGUUCCUGAAUGGAGCACUCACACUGUAAAUUGUAAGCUUGACUGGAUCUUAGUAGAAACAAACUGGAUUAUCUCUUUUCUAAGGAAGAAUCUUGUUCAAAAAUGAGGUGAAUUAACACUUGGACACUUAAGAACCUGGGACAGCUACAUGAGCCUAAAAACCAUCCCGAACAUCUCACCACACAAGUCUGUCAUGAGUCCUGACAGGAUGAAUGCACCACGGAGGGACAGUGUCCUGCCCUGUAGGAACAGUUACUGCUGACCUGCCGGGAGCAAGCGGGGGGCUGCGUGUUGUCCGCCAGUACAAUGAAGGAAGUGGUUUAUUGGUCACCCAAGAAGGUGGCAGACUGGCUGCUGGAGAAUGCCAUGCCAGAAUACUGUGAACCACUGGAACAUUUCACAGGCCGGGACUUGAUCAACCUAACCCAAGAGGAUUUCACAAAACCCCCCCUGUGCCGAGUCUCCUCCGACAACGGGCAGCGGCUCCUGGACAUGAUAGAGACCCUGAAAAUGGAGCACCACAUGGAAGCACACAAGAAUGGUCACGCCAACGGGCACCUCAGCAUUGGCACAGACGUCCCCGCCCCAGACGGCAGCUUCAACAUCAAAGUCAAACCCAAUGGGAUGCCAAAUGGUUACAGGAAGGAGAUGAUAAAGAUCCCCAUGCCCGAACCGGAGCGCUCCCAGUAUCCCAUGGAGUGGGGCAAGACUUUCCUGGCCUUUCUUUAUGCACUUUCCUGCUUUGUUCUCACCACAGUGAUGAUCUCGGUCGUCCAUGAACGAGUACCUCCUAAGGAGGUGCAGCCUCCACUACCGGACACGUUUUUUGACCAUUUUAACCGGGUGCAGUGGGCCUUUUCUAUUUGUGAAAUUAACGGCAUGAUCCUUGUAGGACUCUGGUUAAUUCAGUGGCUGCUCUUAAAAUACAAGUCCAUUAUUAGCAGAAGAUUUUUCUGCAUAGUUGGCACGCUGUACCUGUAUCGGUGUAUUACAAUGUAUGUAACCACACUCCCAGUACCUGGUAUGCAUUUCAACUGCUCUCCAAAGCUUUUUGGAGACUGGGAAGCCCAACUGCGGAGAAUAAUGAAGCUCAUUGCUGGCGGCGGUCUGUCCAUCACGGGCUCCCACAACAUGUGUGGGGACUAUCUGUACAGCGGCCACACGGUCAUGCUCACACUCACCUACUUAUUUAUCAAAGAGUAUUCCCCCCGACGACUAUGGUGGUACCACUGGAUUUGCUGGCUUCUCAGCGUGGUUGGAAUCUUCUGUAUCCUCUUAGCGCAUGACCACUACACUGUGGACGUGGUGGUGGCCUAUUACAUCACCACGAGACUCUUCUGGUGGUACCACACUAUGGCCAAUCAGCAAGUGCUAAAAGAAGCUUCUCAGAUGAACCUCCUGGCCAGGGUGUGGUGGUACAGGCCAUUUCAGUACUUUGAAAAGAAUGUCCAAGGAAUUGUACCUCGAUCUUACCAUUGGCCCUUCCCCUGGCCAGUAGUCCACCUCGGUAGACAAGUUAAGUACAGCCGGUUGGUGAAUGACACAUAACAGCUGUACAAGGUGGGGAAAGAGGAACUGUCCGAAGUGCUAAGAACUCCAUGAGAGAAGAUGCCAUAAAAUAAACACCUCCCUAAUCCUGUUAUCCUUCAGUGGUUACCUUGACUUAACCUAUUGAGUUACCUGGUCAGCACUGUGAUCUUUUUUUCUCUCCAAAGGACCUGCGUUGGACAACAAUAAAGCAAAUUUCACCUAUCAUGCACUGUACACAUUUCCUGUUCAUAAGUUUGGGAUUUACAUAACCUGCGACCACCAUGUUCCUUUGUAUAUGAUGCAACAGCAUAAAUGUAAGCUUUUAUAUCAUAAGUUCUGGUCUUUCCAGUCACAUCUGGAAAUAAAGCGUAUUAUUUUCUUGGGAAAACAUACUUUUCAUAUCUCUUGCCCCAAAGAUUGGGCUGUAAGCCAUUUUCUAGCAAAUGUCUCUAUGAAGGUUUCUAAGUACCUGAAUGGGGUUCAAUUCUGAAAUCUUUCUACCUGUUGCACCGAUAUUCAAAUAAAAAUGACAGACACAGAAAGGUUUGGUAACUUGAGGUUUUGUAAAAAUCAGCAGAGACAGUGUGUCAAAAAGUGCAAAAAAAAAAAAAGAUUCUGUUAUAAAGUGAUUUUCUAAUAAGUAUUUCCUAACUUUAUUUUUCAAAAUGAUGUUAUGAAAACCAAAUUUAAAGAUUUUUACAUGUCAGAGAGAAGAGAGUUAAAAUUUUAAAAUGCUUCUUGGGAGAGAACUUUGUCUAUGUUUCUAGUGCCUUUCUUGUCUUGAUUGUAUGGUCAGUAGGCAAUCUUAAAUGUUUUUAUUUAAAAUAAAGUAUUCCAUGAAAGUAUAAAUGUAUGUAUACACUACUAAAUUUUUCAUUUAUAGCUAAAUUAAAUCAGAAGACUGCUUAUGGUUUUUAAAUUGCUAUGAAUUAAAGAAUAGGAGAGUUAAUUAGAAAGUCAGAGCCUGUUCCCAUAUUGUGAGCAGGUGGCAAUGACAUGUACCACUUAAAUUAUUUUUUCAUCUAUUUGGUAGUUCGAUUUUAACUAUACAAUGAGACAGCCAUGAAUACUUUGUUUUUAAAAAGAGAGUUUUGAAAAUGAUCACUAAGCUAAACUUGAAAGCUAUAAUUAUCCAUACUCUCAUGACAAUUUUGUUGGUGAACAACAACAACAAAAAAAGAUCCUAUUUCUUUAAAAUAUAUUUGUGCAGGAACUGCAUGUAACUCUAAGUUUUGCUCCUAACAUAAGUAUGUUUGGGGAAGUAUUCUAUUCUAUACUUGCCAAUGUGGAGAACAAAAUAGUUUUUUAAGGAUGAAGAAGUUAUAUAUAUCCAUUCUGUAUUUUAUGUGCAGCAGAAUUAUCUUCCGUAGGGUUUUUUUGUGUAUUCACAAGGUGAUAUUUGUAUUGUAAAACAAUAAUGGUGAAGGAAAUAAAAAGGCUUUUAAAAUUUUGUUUGUUUUAAAUCUUUGUAAAGUUAUUAUUCCAGAGAGUAUACUGAUAUCUUAACAGCUUACCUAGAUCAUAAAUUAAUCAAAAUGCACUUUAUAAUAAAAAACUGAUAUUAAAAUAAAUGGCUACUAUUUCU